AUGCCCAAACCUGUCGCGUACGUCGUAUCGGAGGAGCUAGUAAAAGUUUCCUCUCUUCUUCCAUCGAACAAGAAUCGAUCGCUGCUCGUCCAUUCGCUCGUCAAGGCAUUUAGACUCUUUGCAAGCCAGCACGAAGAUGGGACGCGAUGUCUGCAACCAAUACGUCCAAGAAAGGCCGCAUACAAGGAGCUCGCCACGUACCAUACGAGGGAGUACCUGGAUUACACCCUUGAUCCAGAGAACCAGAGAGAGGUAAACUCAGCGGAAGUGGGCAUCGAGGGAAAGAUGAACGAGUUUGGGCUGGAAGAUGACUGUCCGCCGUUUCUUGGGAUGGACGAGUACAUACGCCUUGUGGCGGGCGCGACGUUCACCGCCGUGGACGCACUCAGGACAGGUAUCACAGACGUGGCCGUGUGUUGGGAUGGCGGAAGACACCACGCCCAGAAGGACCGUGCGUCGGGCUUCUGUUACGUUGCAGACUGCGUACUCGCCAUUCUCUCACUGCGGCGACCGAUUCCUGCGCCUCUUCCCGACUCCAGUCUUAACGCCGGACGGGCCGAUGGUCAGAAGAAGCCAAAGGUGAUGUAUCUAGACUUGGACGUUCACUUCUCGGAUGCAGUGAGCCAUGCGUUUCGGGCGUCCAGAAGUGCAGAAACAGCAGCACAAGUGUUGACGCUCUCCAUACACCAUGCAGCUCCAGGGUUCUUCCCGAUCUCCCCUCUCGCUGGUCUACCUCUCUCCAUAAGCGAUGAGGGCAACGAAGAAGACAACACAGGAGAGCUCGACCCGUUUAGUCUUUCCAUCCCUCUCCGACUCGGUGCAUCGUGCGCAACAUACGCCCGUGUGUGGCGCAUCGUGGAUCGCGUGAAGGAUACGUUUCAGCCGGACGUUGUAGUCCUGCAGUGUGGCACAGACGCACUGGCAGGUGACCCCGUAGGCGCAUGCAACUGGACGCUGGGAGGCGAGGGUGGGAUGGGAUGGUGCGUAGACAGAGUGAGAGGAUGGGGCAAGCGGAUGCUGGUCCUUGGCGGAGGAGGCUACAACUCGCCGAACACAGCGAGAGCCUGGGCAUACCUUACAUCUAUCUUAACUGGCAACCCGAUCCCACUCGACAGUGACAUUCCGGAUCACUUCGCAUUCCCGCUUUAUCAACCAUCGUUCACGCUAGACGUUCCCGCCGGAAACAUGAGUGACCAAAAUGACGAUGCUUACCUCAACACCAUAGAAAGAACUUACCAUCGGAUAUGCGAUAUACUCGAGGAACGUCUGGCACGACCAGAUAGGCCUCGACAUAGGAGCAGAAUUACCAGCCUCACUCGACAAUCUUAAUUGACUCUGGGCCUAUAUCACGUUUAGCAGUUAUUUCAGCGACGCUCACGUUGAAGUCAGGGCAACAUCACUCGUGC